AUGUGCGGUAUUUUCGGCUACAUCAACUAUCUUGUUGAGAGGGACCGCAAAUUCAUUCUCGACACUCUGCUCAAUGGGCUUUCGAGACUUGAGUAUCGUGGUUAUGACUCCGCUGGGCUUGCAGUGGAUGGCGAUAAAAAAAAUGAAGUUUGCGCCUUUAAGGAAGUUGGAAAGGUUGCCAAAUUGAAAGAACUCAUCGAAGAAUCCAAACCCGACCUCACUAAGACCUUUGAGUCUCACGCUGGCAUUUCUCACACCCGCUGGGCUACCCAUGGAACUCCUUCCCGCCAGAACUGUCACCCUCACAGAUCUGAUGUUAACUGGGAAUUCUCCAUUGUUCACAAUGGCAUCAUCACCAAUUAUAAGGAGCUGAAGGCCUUGCUAGAGACCAAGGGAUUCCGCUUCGAGACCGAGACCGACACUGAGUGCAUUGCCAAACUUACAAAAUAUUUAUAUGACCAGCAGCCAGAUAUUGACUUCACCGUACUGGCUAAGGCUGUCGUGAAAGAGCUGGAGGGCGCCUUUGGUCUCCUUAUCAAGUCUGUUCAUUAUCCCCAUGAAGUUAUUGCGGCAAGAAAGGGUUCCCCGCUCGUCAUUGGCGUGAGAACUUCGAGGAAGAUGAAGGUGGACUUUGUGGAUGUCGAGUACUCCGAAGACGGUGCGCUCUCGGCAGAACAGGCAUCCCAGAACGUGGCCAUGAAAAAGUCUGCUACUGGCUUGCUCGCACCCCCUGAUAAAUCUCUUUUGCACCGGUCGCAGUCCCGUGCUUUUCUUUCCGACGAUGGUGUUCCCCAACCAGCUGAAUUUUUCCUGUCUUCUGACCCGUCUGCGAUCGUUGAGCAUACCAAAAAGGUUCUUUACCUUGAAGAUGACGAUAUUGCUCAUGUACACGAGGGACAGCUCAACAUUCAUCGGUUGACUAAGGAUGAUGGCACAUCCAAUGUUCGCGCCAUCCAGACCAUCGAGCUGGAGCUACAGGAGAUCAUGAAAGGAAAGUUUGAUCAUUUCAUGCAAAAGGAAAUCUUCGAGCAGCCUGAGUCUGUGGUAAACACCAUGAGAGGUCGAUUGGAUGUUGCAAACAAACAGGUUACCCUGGGUGGACUACGACAGUAUAUUUCUACUAUACGUCGGUGCAGACGUAUUAUCUUUGUGGCCUGUGGAACCAGCUACCAUUCGUGUAUGGCUGUGCGUGGAGUUUUCGAAGAGCUCACUGAGAUACCUAUCUCGGUAGAGCUUGCCUCGGAUUUCUUAGAUAGACAGGCGCCUGUUUUCCGUGACGACACGUGUGUCUUUGUUUCCCAAUCUGGUGAAACUGCUGACUCUCUUAUGGCUCUUCGGUACUGCCUUGAACGCGGGGCUCUGACCGUCGGCAUCGUUAAUGUUGUCGGUUCCUCCAUCUCCCUUUUGACUCAUUGCGGUGUGCACAUCAAUGCUGGACCGGAAAUUGGUGUUGCCUCUACAAAGGCAUACACAUCGCAGUUUGUGGCUAUGGUCAUGUUUGCUCUUUCUCUGAGCGAGGACCGAGCCUCUAAGCAGAAGAGACGCGAGGAAAUCAUGGAGGGCCUGGCCAAGAUCUCGGAACAGUUCCGGGAAAUUUUGAAACUCAAUGAGCCUAUCAAGCAGAUGUGUGCAAAGUUUUUCAAGAACCAAAAGAGUUUGCUUUUGUUAGGCAGAGGUGGCCAGUUUCCCACGGCCCUUGAAGGUGCACUUAAAAUCAAGGAGAUUUCCUACCUUCAUUGCGAGGCCGUUAUGUCAGGCGAGCUUAAACACGGUGUUCUCGCCCUUGUCGACGAGAAUUUGCCGAUCAUCAUGAUCCUUACAAGAGAUAACAUUUUCACGAAGUCGUUGAAUGCUUACCAGCAAGUGAUUGCUCGAGGUGGCCGUCCUAUCGUAAUUUGCAACUAUGACGACCCUGAAUUCUCAUCCGCCCAAACAGAGAAGAUUGAAGUUCCCAAAACUGUGGAUUGCCUUCAAGGUCUCUUGAAUGUUAUUCCACUGCAGUUGAUCUCCUACUGGCUUGCCGUGGGAGAGGGUCUCAAUGUUGAUUUCCCUCGUAAUCUUGCGAAGUCAGUCACUGUCGAGUGCUCCGGACUGCGUAUUGCGAUAGUCCAUGCGAGAUGGAAUAUGGAUAUUAUUGGCCCUCUCGUGGAUGGAGCUAAGCGAAGCCUUCUAUCGGCCGGUGUGUCUGAAGGCAAUAUCAUGGUGCACAGCAUUCCGGGCAGUUAUGAACUACCAUUUGCCGUGCAACGGAUAUAUGCGGCUUCGCAAAUUGAGGCUGCAAGGGGGUCUACUUCUGCUCAAGGCAUCAGCGCCACGGACUUGCUGUCUUCAUCUACCGCAGAUCUCAGUAAAGCAUCUUCGCAGUCAGCGACAUUGGACACGCCUAGACCAUUUGAUGCAAUAAUUGCCGUCGGCGUUUUGAUAAAAGGAGAAACUAUGCAUUUUGAAUAUAUCGCUGACGCAGUCUCUCACGGAUUGAUGCGUGUUCAGCUAGACACCGGCGUUCCUGUUAUAUUUGGUGUACUUACGGUUUUGACCGAGGAGCAGGGCCUAGAAAGGGCUGGGUUGGGCAAGAAGGGAAUGCACAACCACGGGGAAGAUUGGGGAAAUGCUGCCGUGGAACUGGGAGCAAAAAGAAGAGAAUGGGCCGAGGGUAAUGUAGUUUAA